GCUCUCGCGGAGGGGCGCAGACCUCCCGGAUCCCGUCGUCCGCAGACUAUAAUUUCAUCGCGCGCGUAAAGGCGGGAGCCUGUACAGAGGGAGAGAGAGUGUUCCGCGCGUGCGCGUGUGUGGCGAUGGAGGGAGCCGCUGUGCAUCUGAAGGAUCUCCCCUCCCGAGGCCUCUUCUCUUCUCCCACCGUCUGCUCUAGCAUGGGUGGCUUGCGUUCAUAUGUGUGUGACAAGGACACAACUCCCCCUGUGGACCAAGUGAUAAGGACAGACCAGACCAACAUACUGAUCAGGGCUCUUACACUGAAAAAGCAUGAAACAAAGGCAAAAAAUGUAGCUGAAGGUACAAAAGGCAAAAGAUCUGCUGAACGAGGGCUAGAUAGAUCGUCAGCAAAGAGAGCAAACAAGGCCAAUGAUUCCAGCAGUCGAUGCAGGGGUAAUGAUUUGGAGGACUUGCAGAAUAUGACUGUGGAAAGACUUCGUGCUCUUUUGAAAGCCAAGGGGUUAUCAACCAAGGGCAAAAAGGAUGAACUUGUUGAACGCUUAAGGGAGCAUUCUGAAAGGAGAAAAUCUGCAGCGUCCAAGAAUAAAUCAGGGGAAGAAGCCUCAAGAAGCAAGGUUUCUGAGUAAACGAGCUUUCUGAUUUCUGAUAGUUCAAAAUUUUGAUUGAAAGGAUCAUUUUUCUCUGGUAAAGCAUCUGGUAGCAGCGGUUGGUAUUUCAUGGCUGUAAUUAUCCAUUUUAUUCUGUUUGAUGGAUCCUGAAAUGCCAAUCUUCUCGAUUAAGAAGUUUUUGUUGGAUAGGAGUGUAAUCAGUUAAAAGAUAGUAGUGAGGUUUUGGCAUUUUGUUUAUAACCAGAAUUCGGUUUUCAAUUGUAUCUAGAUUCUCUCAAUCCACACCAUUCAUAUUUUGAAUUGCGUA